CAACAGUAACAACAAUGACGACGACGACGACGACAUACAAACACGAACGAAGCCACAUAAACCUUAGAAUUGUGUGAAUAGACGACGACGACCACAAUGAAAAAAAAAACUAAAUUCACAAGCAAAGGAGAAAAAAAAAUCAACUAAAAACAGCAGAUCAUCCAUAGCAAAAGCCAUCAAAAAAUCUAGUGAAUAAUUGUCUGUCAUUUGUUGUGUUGUGAUUAUAUCUCUAUAUAUUUCAGAGUGCACAAAGUGCGUAUUGCUUUUAUUUAAUUCCUCGAAACGCUAGCCAAUUUUCAUUUUCACUGUACGUUCGCAUCGUUUACUAAAUUGAAUGUGGUGAAACAAAGAAGAAGAAAAUUUUCUUUUUUAGUGUUCAAUUGAAAUUAAAGUCUCGCGCAAUAUUUUCCAUCUGACGUAAUGUGUUGUGUGGUUUUUUUUUUCACUCUUAUUGUUGCUGUAAAUUUUUUAAUGAACCAAUAAUUUAUAGUCAUCAUUGAGGAACAAUUUUUUUAAAUCACAGAUCAUUUUCAAUUUAAGUCCAUUUUCAAUACAAUUUGAAUGGCAUGAAAAUAAAAAGGCGAAAACGCAUUCAAUGCAGCAACAGCAGCAGCAGUAGCAAAUUGUGUGAAUUCAAUUGACAUGGUGGAACAGUGGAAAAUAAACUAAAAAACAACAACAGCAUUCAGUGCAUUGUAUGAAAUAACAAAGACGAAAAUACUUGAAAUCGCUUGAAAUGAAAGAGCAUUUUUAUUGGACAAAAGACACAUUGAGCGAAAAAUAAAAUCAAACAAUUGCAUUUUUCCGCUUUAAGCGUUAUAUUAUUGUGUGUGUAUAUCUGUUUUAUACAGAUUAGAUUUAGUCACAUCGAUUUUGGUUUGUCUCGUGGCUCAUAAAUUAUUAAACUUACCGAGCUAAAAAAAAAUUAUUUAGUGUUUGUUAUAUUGACGGACUGCAAUAUACAUUUUUUUGCGCACCGUUCAAUUCAUUCGCGUGGUGUAUUUUUCAUGUUUGUAACGGUUUUGAAUUGUGCAUGUCUCCAAAAAUGCCUGUGCUGUUGAUAUUUUGCAAGAAAAAAGUGUUUUCAUUUUCAUUUCUAGUUUAAAAGAAGAAGAAAAAAAAAGUUGGAAAGAAAAACACAGAGAAAAAAAACUCCAGAUUCAAAACAAGGAAUUAAAACGGAAAUCAAAGUGCGGUGUACUUUUUUUUGAAGACAAUUUUUUUUGUUCAUUCGUUUAUGCUUAUAAUUAACGGAAUUCCAAACAAUAUAGUUAUAGCAGUACAGCAACAAAGAGUUGUUCAUAAAAUUGCUUUUUCAAGUGGAAACACAAAGCAAUAAAUUUCACCGUUAGUCCAACUUUCGUGCAAAAACUAAGCAGACAAUUGAUAAAAUGAAUAAUCGACAGUUUGGUUUUAGACCCAUUCGAUUGCCUAUGAAUGGCCAUCAAAGAGUACCUCUAGUUCGACCAGGCGCCAUUCAAGCCCAACCUGGUGGUAUACAGCAACCACCGAUACCGCCACCACCGAUAUUCCAACCACACAUAUUUCAACCACCGAUACCGCAAGCACCGAUACCAGCACAACCAUCACCAUCAUCAUCAUCAUUAUCAUCAUUAUCUGUACCAACUCCACCAACUCCACCAACUCCACAACCUCCACCACCACCUAUUCCAACACCUCCAUCACCUCCAGCACCACCAAUACCCAUUAUUAUUCCACCAUCAACAUUUCCUUUCGCGGCAUUAAUAGAGAACCAGCAAUUAAAAUUAGAAAAUAAAAGAUUGCGAAGACAAGUGAACGAAAACAAAAGAAAAAAUUCAAGCGAUCGCGAACAUCCACCCAAAAAAAGACGAGACUUCGACGAAGCUGGUUCAUCCAGCCAAUAAAUUGACAAGAUUAAAUAAAAAAUCGCUCAAAAAUUUAGUAGGGAAUACACCAUAACACAAAUAAGUAGGGAAUUUCAAUUAAUGCGAUUGUAUUGGCCGUACACAUAUGAAAUAAAAUCACUGUGACCAUUUGACCCGUAACACAAACAAAAAGUCAUAAUGGAGGGAGAUGGUUCACCGUUAUCUUCAUUGUGCAUGGUUCGUGCAGCGGAAUUAUUUCCUAAACCAGAACCAGAAAAAGAAGACGAAUCAUUAAAAGUCCCUUUCACCGAAUUGUCCGGCGAGUUUGUGCGUUAUAUUGGACGAACUGAUGACGGCAUAUUAGCUUUAUCAAAUUAUAGAAUUUGCUUGAAAUCACAGACAUCAGCACCUGAAACCGAAAUCUCAAUACCGCUUGGGGUUAUUGAAUAUGUUUCUGUACGUGAUUUAUUUCAAUUGGUGGUCAGCUGUAAAGAUGCAUCUACGUUUAGAUGUACAUUUCCCUCAUCAGAACAGGCGUCCGAAUGGCAACGAAGAAUAACAUUGUUCGUUGGUGUUCCAACAAGUUUGGAAACAUUAUUUGCAUUUUCGUAUUACGCUUGGGCAUCAGAACAACUACCAAAUCCAGACAAUGAAUGGCUGGGCCGCAUGCAACGAGCCAACAAUUAUGAUGAAGAUUUUCGACGAGAAGUUCGGCGCUUGGAAUUCAAUACAUGUGCAUGGCGAAUAUCAACGGCAAAUGUUGAUUUUAAAUUAUGUACAUCGUAUCCACGUCUUUUAUUAGUUCCAAUGUGCAUCACCGAUGAAAUAUUAACAAAUGUGGCCACAUUUCGAAGUGCACGACGUAUUCCGGCCGUUGUUUGGCGACACAAGGCAUCCGGUGCUGUGGUCGGACGAUGUAGUCAACCGGAAGUCGGGUGGUUGGGAUGGCGUAACCCCAAGGACGAACAAUUGCUGAAAGCAAUCGCCGAUGCGUGUGCAUUUGAUGGUGGUGAAAUAAGCAGACGACAUACAGCAAAUGUGAAUAAUACAAGUGAAACCAGCAGUACCGAUGAAAGUCAUGAGGAGGUUGUAUUGGACGAAGUGAAGAAAAUUUUAAUCGUUGAUGCACGAUCUUAUGCAUCUGCUGUGACAAAUAGGGCACGCGGUGGUGGCUGUGAAUGUGCUGAAUACUAUCCAUGUGCGGCGAUUGAAUUUAUGAACUUGGGCAAUAUUCAUGUGAUAAGAAAAAGUUUUCAUGCUUUGAGAGCACUCGCUGCAUCACCAACCGAUUCACAGAGUUGGUUUACCGCCCUGGAUCGAACGAUGUGGCUAUCACAUUUAGCUGGUUUGAUGCAAUCGUCAGUGCGAAUAUGUCAUGCAGUCGAACGUGAGGGUCGUUCGGUUAUCGUUCAUUGCUCCGAUGGAUGGGAUCGAACACCACAAUUGGUAUCAACUGCACUGCUAUGCCUUGACCCCUACUAUAGAACCGUUGACGGAUUCCGAGUUCUAGUCGAACGAGAAUGGUUAAGCUUUGGACAUAAAUUUGCCGAUCGAAUUGGUCAUGGGCCUGGAUCCGAUGAAACAAACGAACGAUGUCCGGUAUUUUUGCAAUGGUUGGACUGUGUACAUCAAAUACAAAAACAAUUUCCAUGUAGUUUUGAAUUCAGCAUGGCCUAUUUGAUAAAAUUAGCGCAGCAUGUAUUCUCGUGUAUGUUUGGCACAUUUUUGUGUAACACAUACAAAGAACGGGUCGAAGCAUCAGUAUUUGAUCGCACGUAUUCAGUGUGGCCUUUUCUGUCUGGACCGAUGUACAAAAAUCCACUGUAUAUACCAAAUCGUGAGCAAGUAUUGUGGCCCGCAUAUCAUAUAAGCAAUUUGUCAUAUUGGGCCGAAGUGUAUUCAAGUAGUUUUGGUAACCAAAAUCAAAGUGAUAGCUCGAUGACAACAAGCAUCUCACCAUCGGCACCAGUCGCAGUGGCAACGGCAAGCGUUGGCACAUCAAUUGUAACACCGAGCACAAAUGAUGUAUCCAAUUCGGAGCCACGUAGCCCAAUGAUAAAAACACGUUCAUAUGGUGAUUUACAAAAUUUACAAACAACCGGAUGCAAUGGCAUUUCAAAUGGAAUGAUUCGUCGUUCAAGUGAUCCAAAUAUGACUGCAGAUACGCAUUUCAAUAUGAAUUUAUCGAAUGAGCCGUCAAUCGAAACGUUGCCCGAAUUUUAUGCCAACGGAGCGAAUGUAGUCGAUAUGAAUGUGAUAAAUGAUCAAACGAUUGCAAAUUUUUGCAGUGAUACAGUCCGUGAAUUAAAUAAUUUAACCGAAGAAUUACAACAGACAGAUUUGGGCGAGAUUUACAUCCGUAGCAAUCAUCAUGAGAAUAGUAAUCAAAUCAAUAGUUUUAGUAAUAGAAUUAUGGACAGAGCAUUAAGUUGCAGCAGUAGAAGUGUUCAUGAUGAUGGAAUUGCAAGUGUUCAAACUUCAAGCGAAGGUUUUAUAAAUAGUCAAUCAAAUGCUCAUUGUUCCAUCAUCGAUCAUAAUUAUGCGAUUCCGAAUCAUCACAAUGGUACUGUAAUUUCAAAUAAAUUCCGUACUGAAACCGAGAUUGGUAAUAUAAAUUGUGAUGUCGUUGAUUCUAGUCCAUUUUAUACUCAAUUCAAUAAACAUCAUUUAGAGAAUAAUUUGGACGACAAUGAGAUGAGUAGGGUGUCACGAACAGAGAAACCGACGCACGCCAACGGUAGAGACAACGGCAGAGAAAGUAGUGAGGGUACAAGAGAAGAUGACUACCGUGUUGCCUUGUGCAUGUUACAAAGUGUCGAUUUAAGAGACACAUCACCACUUUCAUUCUCACCAAUGAAUGCACAAACACAAUGGCAUGGCAAUAUCGAAACCAGCACUGACACCUUAGUUCCUGUUGAUACAUUAAGUUCUGAUUUGGCCGAAGAUCAAUUGCGUUCGGAGCUAUCAACCGCCAUUAUUUCACAGUCAAGAGAUUUAGCGACAUGUGAAAAUGGCAUCGAACUGGCACGAAAUAGCAUUUUACCGGAGGUUUAUGUAAAGUCAAAAUCCCUUCCAAACGGUGCGAGUGCAUUAAAUACGAUGGAUGAAAGCAUUUUAAUUCAUCCCGAACAAAAUCGAAUGGACAUUUCAAAUGGCGUUAGUCGCAAUGAGUCAAAUCAAUCAACUACUGUGCCAAAUGGAAAUAUGUCGUUGUAUCGACGUAGGCGUAAUUCAUUCAAUUCAAAGCCAUCACCAUGGAUUACUGAUAUGGCCACAACCACAUCAAAUGUUCGCUCCGACAGUGUCUCACCAAACACAAUGAACAAUUCAAAAUUUGUACUAUCAAAUACAUCACGUUCAUUGAUCACGCCCACAUCAAUUCGAACGAUCAAUACACCAUCACAAUCGAACAAUAUUUCGUUGAUUUCAUGUCCCGAUGGAUUGGCGCACGCGCUCAACGAACAAAAUCUGAGACUACAACAAAUUGUACUGGAUCAUAAGAAUCGAGAGGAAGCGUUACAAAGGGAGCUACAAGUAUUACGAUUAGAACUCAUACGAAAACGAAGCUGUCCAAAUUGUAGCAAUGGCCAGACGAACAAUGGCACAACAACAAGUGUUGUUGAUGAAACCGAUGACGAUGAUGAAUCGUUAGUGGCAAAUUCUGAUAAUAGCGGUUCAGUGAGAUCGCGACAAAGCUCUGAGGGUCCAUCAACUGAUGUGUUACCAAAAACAUACAGUUGGGCUAGCUCAAAGUCGGCGAAUUCAAUGUUUGAUAACGGAGCGGAAAGUGCAUCGAUUUGUUCGUGGGAAGCGGUUGAUGAACGAAGCGGGCCAACAUCUGGUCUAAAUUCAGCAAAUGCAUUAUCAUCAAGUGUUUUAUGGGUGCCCGAUCAUGCGGUUAGCAAAUGCACGCACUGUCACACGGAAUUCUGGCUCGGAAGACGAAAACACCAUUGUCGAUCAUGUGGACAGAUAUUUUGUGCUGAUUGUAGCGAGCAUUGGGCAGCUUUACCGUAUGAAUGCUUUAGCGGUCCAGUUCGUUUGUGCGGUGCUUGCUAUCAAACAAUUUCAAAGGGUCAAAAUCAUGAACAAAGCCAAAAUAGUACAACAUAUGCCCAAAGUAGUUCGAUGUUAUCAACAGAAAGUCGCAAUACAACCCAACACUAUCAUACAAAUGGAACGACAUCGUCAGCAACCACAUCAUUGGAACCUUGCAAACACUCAAUGAGUAGUACGAAAAAUGACCAAAGUCCCACAAAAGCGACCACAGUCACAAAUUGAUUAACUAGACGACGCAGCUAAACCAAACUACCGUUAAAUGAACAACAAAUGUUCAAAUUCAACCGACCGACCAAAUCAAUUGUCGAUGUAAUUUACGAUCUUGGUACAAAGGGAUAAAAGAAAAUGAAUGCAAUGUAUCCACAAUGGAUAUUAGUGACAUUAUAUUGUUUUAGAAUCGCCAAAAAUAUGUUUAUUCACUUGACCGUCUGCGAUAUUCAAAUGAAUCAAUUGUAAUAAUUAAUUUAUACGUAUUUUAAUUUCAUUUUCUCAACAUAGACAAAUUGUUGAUAUACUAUAUUCAUCGUCAGAUUGUUCAGUCGCAUAAAAUAAAAGAAAAACAAACAUACAGAAUUAUAAGUGAUUUUACUAAAUCAGUAGGUGAGUUUGGCAGGGACUAAAAUUAUUGUAAAUAGCUUUUGUUUGCAAUUUUUUUGUGUUUUGAACUUGGAUGGGGAAUUUAUUCAAUUGAUAAGGGAUAUUUUUGUUUUGAAGUGGCGAAAUGGACAAAUAAAUACAAUAAACAACAACAAUUAGACAGAUUCACACUUUUGUUGAUGGUGAAUAUAUAUUAAAUUGAUGAACAAAGAGAAACAUUGUGACAUUUUGUAGGUUAGUUUGUCGAAAAUAAAUCGUUCUCCUUUUAUGCAUGA